ACCAUCUUGUAUAAAAUAUAACGAAUUGUUAGCUUGAAAGAAUAAAAGUUUGAAGCUGGGUUGGACACACUAUACGACAUGGAUAUGAAGAUGAGAAUGUACCUCGUGGCCUGUUUGCUGCUGGUACUGAUGGCAAACACUGCAUCAUCACUGCGUUGUUACACGUGUUCUCAAAGUAUACCAGGGGCAUGGAACACGAGCAUAUGCCAGAAUGAUCCUGCAGAGGUUGUGACCGGAGCACCCAUUACAGACUGUCCUAAAAGUACUUUCUGCUACACACUUCUUCAGAUGCAGGAAGAGCAGGUUUGGUCCUUUCUAAGAGGUUGCGGAGUAGAAAAUAUGAUCUACAAAUGGGAAGAGUGCCUCGAAUCCAGUGGUGGUAUUAGAUGCGACUGCGCCACACGGUGCGAAACUGACCUGUGCAAUGAUGAUGCUGGUGUUCCUGCUGGAUACACAUCGCCGUGCCUUACGGAGAACGCCGGAACAACCGUCGGAACCGCUAGUACGACAUCUAGUGCCUCUUCAUGCAGCGUAUUGCUUCGCCGUAUGCGCCCCCUUAUUAUAACAUCAACAUCAAUAUACGUUAUAUUACGCGUGAUUAUAAAUGGCGGAAUGUUUUUUCUUGAAUAAAAAUGUGUUUGUGUGUAGGUAUGCGCACGCGUGCGCGUGUGUGUGCGUGAGUGCGUCCGUGCGCGCAUGCGUGUGUGAUUGUUGACAGGCCGAUAAAUUAGUAAUGAAAUGUAAAGGCUAACUCUGGUCGCCCUUACGACCUAGUAUGUAAUAAAGAUGUUCACGUGCGCAAUGUAAGAAAUUUUUGCCGCUGCUUUCUCGUGCAAGGUUGAGACUACGAUACCGACGUUCGUUUUGCUGUGCCAGUUAAAACCAGG